AUGGUUUCUAAGGCCCGAUUAGGAAAAUUUUACUUGUUGCCUAAAAUUCAUAAGCGUUUGGAGAAUGUACCAGGACGGCCGGUUAUUUCAAAUUGCGGUACGGCCACUGAAAGAAUAUCGGAAUUUUUGGAUUUUCAUAUACAACCUUUAGUGUGUAAUGUACCAUCUGUUAUUAAGGAUACUUCUGAUUUUCUUCAAAAAUUAGAGAGUUUGGGACACAUUCCAUCUACUGCUAUUUUGUGUACUAUAGAUGUGAUCGGCUUGUACCCUCAUAUACCACACGGGGAAGGGUUGGAAGCGCUUCUGGCAGCUUUUAAUAGGGCUGAGUGGGAGCUACCGGUCGAGGACUUGAUUUCCUUGGCAAGGCUGGUCUUAGAAAACAACUAUUUUGAAUUUGAUGAAAAAAUCUUCCGCCAAAAAUUGGGGACAGCCAUAGGGACCAAGUUCGCACCAGGUUUUGCAAAUAUAUUUAUGGGGCACUUGGAAGAAAAAUUUUUGGAGACGUGUGAGUUAAAACCAUGGGUAUGGUGGCGUUUCCUGGAUGAUAUUUUUGUGAUUUGGCUUCAUUCGGAGGAGGAAUUAAAUUAUUUUUUGCUUCGUUUGAAUUCUUUUCACGAGAAUAUCAAGUAUACAUGGGAUAUAAGUUAUCAGAGGAUUUCCUUUCUUGACGUGUCGGUAGGAUUGGAUAAUGGGGUUUUUUGUACUGAUGUGUAUAGUAAACCCACUGAUGCACAUCAGUAUUUAAAUUUUAAGUCCUGCCAUCCUCCACAUGUUAAGAGGGGAAUUCCUUAUGGACAGGCAUUGCGUCUAAAGCGGAUUUGCCAUUCAGAUAAGGUUUUUUAGAGUAGGCUUCAGGAAUUGAAAGGGUUUCUGGUUAAAAGGGGCUAUAAUAGCGAAUUUGUAGAGAGUCAGUUUAAGAGAGUCAGGUUUUUGGAUCGGUCGGCAUUAUUUAAACGGGGAAGUGAACAAACUAGAAGGAAAAAUAAUAAGAGUACCUUUAUCAUAGAUUAUCACCCAGCAUUGCGGGAAAUUUAUGGAAUUUUUAGGGAAUUGCAAAAUAUUGUAGGCUUAUCUAACAAAUUCCUAAGUGUCAUGCCAGAGCCACCUAUGGUGUGUUUUAGGAGAUCCAAAAACCUUAAAGACCAUCUUGUUCGGGCUAAAUUGCAUAAGCUUGAGGUUGCAGCUAAAGGGAUGGUUAAAUGUGGGGGGAAGAAGUGCAAAGUUUGUGAUUCCAUCGUGGUAGCGGAUACUUUUCAAAGUACAGUACAACAGCGCACGUUUCACAUUAACCAUCACUUUGAUUGUAACUCUCGGGGGGUGGUUUAUUUAAUUACUUGCGGAAAAUGUAGUAAACAAUACGUGGGCAAUACUAUAACGUCAUUUCGUCUUAGAUUUAAUAACCACAAGAGUUCGCUUAAUAGAUAUUCUAAGGGUCAAAGAGGUUUAUGUGCUCAACAUUUGUAUGAACAUUUUUUGAGGAGGGCCAUUCGGGUCUUAAUGACUUUAAAGAACAGAUUAUUGAUAUCACGGAUAUUAAUAAACCUACAGAGAGGGAAAGCUUUUGGAUUGAAAAAUUGAAUACAUAUGUACCACUGGGAUUAGAUUUGAGGGAGGAAUGUUAAUAUGCAAGUCUAUAUAUUAUUAAUGUAUCUUAAUUAGAUUGAGCCUAAAGUAUUUAAAGACAUGGAUUGAAUUAUCUCGUUUCUGACGAAGGGGCUGUGCCCCGAAACGUAUUAUGUAUUUGUUUGAAGUUUAAUAAAUUUUGUUUCCAACUUGAAGUUUUAUAUAAAUGAAGCUUUUUGGGAGGCUAGUGAUAUUUAUAUAUAUAUAUAUAUAUAUAUAUAUAUAUAUAUAUAUAUAUAUAUAUAUAUAUAUAUAUAUAUAUAUAUAUAUAUAUAUAUAUAUUGAUGAAGGCAAUAAAGUCGAAACGUUACGUUAUGUGUUGAGUUGAUUAAUUUAUAUACCUUUAUGGCUUUUCGCCUAGUGAUUAAUCUAUAUAUAUAUAUAUAUAUAUAUAUAUAUACAUAUAUAUAUAUAUAUAUAUAUAUAUAUAUAUAUAUAUAUAUAUAUAUAUAUAUAUAUAUAUAUAUAUAUAUAUAUAUAUAUAUAUAUUUAUAUAGGGAAAAAGCCCUUUUAAGCAUGACUGUACAUUUUACUCCGUAAAACCCCAAGUGAAAGCAGAAACAUAAAGAUGUAUAAUUAUAUAUUAUUCAGAUCACUUCCCCAUUUGGGCUUUUUCAAUGCCCGAUUACAUCCCACCAGUAUAUUACAGUUAUUUAUAUUAUCAAGCUGCCAUUCAUGUAUCUAUAUCUGUGUGAUUGGACAGAAUAUAUAUAUUACGCUCCUUCACGUCGGUGUUGUAGAACACUCUGUGGAGUUAAAUGGGUGUUCAUUAGCAAUAAUGCAAAGCUCACUUCCCUCGUGGUAGUUUGAGCACUCUGGCCCCAUGUCACUCUGCGCGUGGGAGAGCAAGUGUCAUAUAUAUCAAUACGAAAGUCUUCGCGUGUCUAGAUGUGUACCAAGCUGCACUGACGAGGCGUAGAACGACGAAGCAGGCAUGUCUGCAGAUUGCACUAUUACGCUCCUUCACUUCGGUGUUGUAGAGCACUCUGUGGAGUUAAUUGGGUGUUCAUUAGCAAUAAUGCAAAGCUCACUUCCCUCGUGGUAGUUUGAGCACUCUGGCCCUAUGUCACUCUGCGCGUGGGAGAGCAAGUGUCAUAUAUAUCAAUACGAAAGUCUUCGCGUGUCUAGAUGUGUACCAAGCUGCACUGACGAGGCGUAGAACGACGAAGCAGGCAUGUCUGCAGAUUGCACUAUUACGCUCCUUCACUUCGGUGUUGUAGAGCACUCUGUGGAGUUAAUUGGGUGUUCAUUAGCAAUAAUGCAAAGCUCACUUCCCUCGUGGUAGUUUGAGCACUCUGGCCCCAUGUCGCUCUGCGCAUGUCUGGAUGCGUUGAUGGGCCGUAUUGUACCACAUGCGCUUGGGAGAGCAAGUGUCAUGUAUAUCAAUACGAAAGUCAUAGCGUGUCUAGAUGGGUACCAAGCUGCACUGACGAGACGUAGGACGCCGAAACACGCAUGUCUGCAGUAUAUAUAUAUAUAUAUAUAUACUGUUAGGGCGAUCAGUGGAUAACAUGAUAUUUUUGUAAAAGUUUGUAAUUGAUCUAUUAAAAAUCUUCAAUAAAAACAUACUAAAUUUUCGGCUGCCAACUGCAGCCUUCUUCAGAGUAUUUUGGCCGUGUUCGAUUAGUUCAAGUCCUUUUAUGCCUUAUCCCGUUACACUCAAUUGAUUCUAACAAUGGUAAAUACGAAACCGGAAAUUCUAUGUGUUCAUUGACUGCAUUUUUGUCUAGUACAGAAUGUAACGCUUCAAGAAACCUAGUUUUUAAUGCCUUUUUCCAAAAUAUUUACGUCAGUUUUAGCGACUUCAUGACCUGUCUGUUUAGCAUGUUCUUUUAUAGCUGAAAAAGUCUUUUCUUACGCCUGGUUUGUGUUCAAGUCAUCGGGAACACCAACAUCUUUUUGACUCCCCGACAUAAGUGAAUGAGCACGACUCGCAUUUGAAUUUGUACACAAUAGCUUUUGUUCGCAUUUCCUGUGGUCUUUCUUUUGGUUUUUUGAAUACAUUCUCUAACGUGACUAUCGGCUUGAAUGCUGUACGAACGCCUGCUCGAGUUAAGAUGCUUUUGACUUUUUCCGACACACCUUUCACAUACGGAAUGCACGUCGAGCCACGAAUCUCAAAUUCAGAAGAAUUUUGUUGUGUUUUGUUUGUAUUUCUAACAUUAUCAAUAAACGCUUUCUUGUAUCCAUUUAACUCUAACACUUCUGCUACUCUAUCCGUUUCCUCCUUCUGUAAAACUUGGUUUGAUGGAAUAACUCUCGCUCGGUCUAAUAAUGAUUUUACAACUGCGAUCUUGUCUCUUACAGGGCUAUGUGAGCCAAAAUCUAGAUAUUUGUCGGUGUGUGUGCUCUUACGGAAAACUUUAAUCGAAAUUUCUGUAGAAAUUUUACAAAUCUCUGUAUCCAGGAAAGCGAUUGUUUGCAUGUCUCCAUUUACUGCCGGUGUUUCAAUGGUAAACUGAAUACAAGGAUUUAUAGAAUUUAAAUGAUCAUGAAAAGCUAUUAUAUCGUUUUGUUUUAAACACGCGUUUGAGUCAUCAACAUAUCUUUUCCACCAUCGUAUCGGCACUGGGGAUGUUCUCAAAGCAAUUUUUUCCACCCUUUGCAUAACUAGCUCAGCAAUAACCGCACUUACUGGUGAACCCAUUGCGCAACCAGAAAUCUGAUGGUAGUGAUUUUCAUUAAACACAAAAAAGCUAUUUUUUAAGACAAAAGCCAAAAGACUGUAAAUCUGUUCUAUCGUCAACUUUGUGUGCUCUUUCCAAAUCUCUGUAUUUUCUAGUUCUUCUUUAACGAUUUUUAGUGCUAAAUCUACCGCAUUUUGAUUUUGGCUACAUUUUGGCUCACAUAGCCCUGUAAGAGACAAGAUCGCAGUUGUAAAAUCAUUAUUAGACCGAGCGAGAGUUAUUCCAUGAAACCAAGUUUUACAGAAGGAGGAAACGGAUAGAGUAGCAGAAGUGUUAGAGUUAAAUGGAUACAAGAAAGCGUUUAUAUAUAAUGUUAGAAAUACAAACAAAAACACAACAAAAUUCUUCUGAAUUUGAGAUUCGUGGCUCGACGUGCAUUCCGUAUGUGAAAGGUGUGUCGGAAAAAGUCAAAAGCAUCUUAACUCGAGCAGGCGUUCGGACAGCAUUCAAGCCGAUAGUCACGUUAGAGAAUGUAUUCAAAAAACCAAAAGAAAGACCACAGGAAAUGCGAACAAAAGCUAUUGUGUACAAAUUCAAAUGCGAGUCGUGCUCAUUCACUUAUGUCGGGGAGUCAAAAAGAUGUUGGUGUUCCCGAUGGCUUGAACACAAACCAGGCGUAAGAAAAAAGACUUUUUCAGCUAUAAAAGAACAUGCUGAACAGACAGGUCAUGAAGUCGCUAAAACUGACGUAAAUAUUUUGGAAAAAGGCAUUAAAAACUAUGGCAAAAGAAGGUUUCUUGAAGCGUUACAUUCUGUACUAGACAAAAAUGCAGUCAAUGAACACAUAGAAUUUCCGGUUUCGUAUUUACCAUUGUUAGAAUCAAUUGAGUGUAACGGGAUAAGGCAUAAAAGGACUUUAACUAAUCGAACACGGCCAAAAUACUCUGAAGAAGGCUGCAGUUGGCAGCCGAAAAUUUAGUAUGUUUUUAUUGAAGAUUUUUAAUAGAUCAGUUUCAAACUUUUACAAAAAUAUCAUAUAUAGAUAUAUAUAUAUAUAUAUAUAUAUAUAUAUAUAUAUAUAUAUAUAUAUAUAUAUAUAUAUAUAUAUAUAUAUAUAUAUAUAUAUAUAUAUAUUCGCUGGUAUACGGCUAAUAAAUGUCUCACUUUUAAUGGGUCUAAGAGUGAGGAUUUAAAGAUCAAAAUACGUGCAAUUAUUGAAGAAAAUCCCGAAGAACCUGAGAGUGAUGAGAGCGAAGUUCAGGUCAGUGACAGUGUCGAAGAUACGUUUCCAACUGAGAACAAUAUGGCGGUAGAAGAAAGCACCGACAAUCAUCCAAACCUUACUUUACUAAACGGCGCUUCUAUACUCUGCACGACUGAACAUGAUAACAACGUGACCGAAAAGCUAAAAAUGGUGGAAAGCCAAAUGAAUCAGAAGAUUGAAAGACUGGCUUACGAAAUACAGAAGCUGAAGGACAAUAAAGACGCGACUACAUUACACGCCGAAUAG